UGCUUCAACUCCUCCAAGUCCCCUGGUGCCGGAGGGUUCAUCUCGCCGGACAACGACGGUGAAGUCUCCUACGAGCUGCACCACGACUUCUCACCACAGCGCCGUCGCAGCGGCUCGCCGGUAUUCGUCACGCUGCCGGUGAAUUCCGUCAGCCGGGAGGGCGGCCGAGUCUUGAGGCCAAGGCGAUAAUGUUCUCGCUCAAGGCGCUCGCCACGGCCGGCGUCGAAGGUGUCGUGGUCGAGAUUUGGUGGGGCUUGGUUGAGAAGAACAAACCUAGGGUUUACGACUGGUUGUGUAAUUUUUUUAAUUCAAUACUGUAUUGACAUUUGACCUUGGUUUUGUGUUGAUCUAAGUAGAGUUGAUUUGGUUUAUUUUGAAUUAUUAUUACUAUUUUUGUAGGUAGGAAUUGUUUCCUAGUCAUGAGCCUCAUACUCUGGAAGUUUGUCCCCUUGUGUAGGAUACCGCUUCCUCUAUGGGUGCUUGAUGAGAUAAAGAAAGAUGUCGAGUUAGCAUAUUGUGACCGGUUUGGAAGAAGAAAUAUUGAAUACAUUUGCAAGGGGUUAAUACUGGCGAUGAGUUCCAGUGCAUUCAUCGGUUCAAGCUUAAUCUUGAAGAAGAAGGGUCUUAAGCGUUUUGCUGCACGCGGUACUCAUGCAGGAGUAGGUGGUUAUACUUAUCUGCUAGAGCCGCUUUGGUGGGCUGGCAUGGUAACGAUGAUUAUUGGGGAAAUUGCAAAUUUUGUGGCUUAUAUCUAUGCUCCGGCAGUUCUGGUGACUCCCCUUAGUGCACUUAGUAUUAUAGUUAGGUACUAUUAGAUUUAAAUGCAAUUUUGAUAGUCUUGGUGAAUUUUGUAUUAGUUGGCUCACUUACGGUAAUUGAGUCUCUCUACGAUGAAGUUUCAUAUCAAUAUUGCAAUGGUUAGAUAACUUGUUUUUUUUUAUUGUAGAAGGUUGUGCUCACAAGGAGGUGUAGCGACACCCACACAAAUUUCUUUUGGAGAAGAGUAUUUUAAUAUGUUGUUCACGGUUUUUCAUGAGUACAGGGCAAAAGCACUUAGCAUUUUCUUGAGUUUAUUAUUAUAGAAUGGUGGUGGCAUUUUAUUGAAUCAGUGCUCCCCUUUAUGAAGGAGUGUCUGUGGUGAAGAACUUCUGAUAUGGUGUCUUGAGCAUUCCUUAGCAAGCAAAGUUACAUUUCACUUCUAGAAAACAAACAUUAGAAAAGUAACAGCUGCUCUAAGGUACUGUUUGAUAUAAAAGUA